ACGAAUACUGCCCUGCCCACAGGACUGACGUGCCGGUGGCUUGCCUGAUCAAGGGUAGCGAGAGAUCCUCGCCGCAUGCUAAGCUUAAAAACGAUGGGUGCUGACGCCGAAUUGGCCUCCUGGUUCCAUUGUCGCCGCAAUGGUGCCGCUCGACGGCUGACCUUGGCGGCGUCUUUUCGUCUCUCUUUUCUUUCGCUCUCUCUAUCCGUCCGUACUCGCCUCACACACCCCACCCUCAUUAUUUCAUUUCCCACCGACGCCAUUUCUGUGCUUUGUACAGUGUUUGCAACCCGAAACAUGGUGCUCGUCCCGUCUGCGCCAGCGCCACGGUAGCAAUAGACGACAAUAGACGGACGGUCUCCGCCAUGGGCUCAAGAAGGUGGAAUGACGACGUCAUGGCAAAUUCGCAGGGCUUGGAAGUGGCCAUUGGCCAGGGCAUUGAGCUGGCGCCCACGAGACCGCAGUUCCAAGAGCACAGCGUUCCCGGCAUGGAGGUGGUCGAGCAUUCCAACCUCGAGGUAGUGACCUCAAGGCAAGGCCUGUCACAGACCAAGACGUGGGAGAAGACGAGCGGCCUGCCAGAACCACAUAACCCCUACCUCACCGGCCACGACUACGGCCAGCAGCGCCACCAUCGGCAGGACAGCCGUCAAACCGAACCCGGCCCCGGCCACAUGGGCACCGGCCCGCAUGGGACGCCGCUCACCUCUUACAGCUCCAUAGCCCCCCCUUACGGCUUCAAUAACCCCUAUGACCACCAACCCUUGGUGCCGCCCAGUGCCAAAGGCGGUGGCGGUAGCGGCGGCGGCGGAGCGCCCUUUUCGCAACGUGAGAGGAUAUGCGGUCUGAAGAGGCAGACAUUCUGGAUCGUUUUGGCCAUCGUGAUAUUCCUCUUGGUUGUUGGCGCUGCCGCCGGUGUUGGUGUGGGUGUUGCGACUUCGCGCAAAAGCAGCGACACGUCAACAAGCGUCCACAACUACUGUUACCACGACGGCCCCCAUAAGCACGCGGACACUUCCUGUGCCCACGGCCUCAGCCGUCACCGGCGGCUCUCAGAUCAUCAACUGCCCGUUCGACAACUUGACGCUCUACACGCCGCAAAAUAACAACAGCCGCCAGUUUCUGCUCCUGUGUGGCCACGACUACAAUGAAGAUCAGGGAUCGGUAGACCUGUCUAAUACGAUCACCGUGAGCAUGGACGACUGUAUUAACCUAUGUGCAACCCAGAGUGAAUGCGUUGGCGCGGGUUGGGGCAUUUCCAAUGUUGGCCAGACCACAUGUUGGCUCAAAAGCAGCCUUGCGACCUCUAAUAACUCGCCCUUGUGGUACUUCGCCAUCGACGACACUGGCGAUUCUGUUCCGACGCGCGGGAGCUGACCAAGAGAGACGGCCGGCCGGUUUGCUCUGGAGAGGGCAAAAAGGCUACACUGCCGCACUUACCAGACAACCAACAUAUCCACCCC